GGAAGCGCCGUUCACGCUGUCACGUUGCGUUUGCCUUUUACGUAGCCUUUGCGCAGUGCGGGUGGUGCUUACGCAAAUGGCGUAGAUCGACACGUUGAAAGGGUGAAACGGGACCUAAGACAGAGUACGUGUGUGUUCAGAAUCCCUCCUUUGCACAAGAAACGACUCUCGUCCACCAAUGAAACGUUCAAACCCUGCAAGGACUUCACAACAAAACGGAGGGAUACAUGCAGAGUGUUUCCCCCGUUUUAAGUUUAAUUUGUGCACCGUGAAGGAGAAGGGUCCCCGUGCUCACCGUGUGGAUGUGUGUAGAAACAUUGGUGCACCAAUCCUGCUGCUAGAGCUCAAAGCCUAAACAUGGUGAGGCUGGAGCUGGAUCAGGUGGUGAUGAGGAGGAUGAAGGAAGAUGACAUAGAGAUGGUCAAAGCUCUCAUCAAGGAGGGCUGCGAGGGCACAGAAAACCGUCUCAUCCUCCACAUCCUCACUCGGCCGCUCUGCCUCUUCAUCCUGGCUGUUUUCUCCUCAAUGCUGCGCUGCCUUGUGCAUUCAUUUAUCCUGGCCCUGGCUAUUCCUGUCUUCCUGCUAAUUAUCUUUCUCAAAAUCACCAUGCCGCGGUCCUCGGGGGUUCUGGGCAGCAGCCGGCCCUACUGGGACUACGUGGGUAGCAGCUACAGAGGGACACAGGAUGAGACACUGCUGAAUCCCUACUGUAGGAUCAGUGGCAAGACACCAGGAACGAGAAAGCCAAGGCGCAGAAUCACACCCAAAGAAAAGGACAAAGAUUUGCCAACAGAGACUGUCACCCCAGAGAGGGAGCAGGAAGCCGGGCAGGUCUGGGUGGCAGAAUGCGAUGGCGAGAUCCUCGGCUGCAUCUUCAGGGAAAGCGAGAAGCGAGCGGACGUCAGGAGGAUCUGCAGGCUGGUGACGGGCUGCUGGUACCGCAGGGAGGGUCUGGGCCGGCUGCUGGUCCAGAGUCUGGAGCAGAGAGAGAGGGAGGCUGGCGCACACAGAGUGUACACUCACGUCCCUUUCCCGUCCAAACUGGGGGAAGCCUUUUUCAGGAAGGUGGGCUAUCGGCAAUUUGGGGAGGGGACUGAUGAGAAAGAAGAAGAAGAUGAUGAUGAGGAGAGGAAGCUUGAGCCUCCAGAGAGAGGCUUUCUGGGAUACCCCCUCACUAAAGUGUUUUACAAAGACCUGUGAUCGAGUGAUGAUGGACUCAUGAAGAGAAAGAGGAGGCAUUGGAAUGGCUAAAGGGUGAAGAAGCCAUAAAACAAGGUGUCAUUGCUGCAACAUGUUUGAAUAUUUGUGCUAUUUAUGCCAGUAUUUAUUUACCGUAUGAGUUGCUGUUCUGUUUGUUUUAACUAUAUUUAUACCUUUUCCUCAUAUAAAGUACCAUCGCUUCCUUCUUUUAGAACAGAUGGUUAUUAUGUAAAAAUAUGAUAAUACCAUGAAG